GAGUGAAGAAAGGGAAAAAUAAUGUGUCCCAUCAAAAUCCUAUCUUUCUUCCCUAUUUCUAAGUUUCAUAUCUCUUUCGAACUUGUCUCUUAGCAAACUCUCUAUAUCUAUUUCACUCAUACCAAACAUAGGGUGUUACGAAAAAGAAUUGAAGAUUUUUUUUUUUUAGUUUGGAACAGAAAUUGAAAGGAGCGAAAUUGUACGACACAAGACACAUUACAUCGGGGAAGAAGGAAACGGCAUCAACAACCUCUUCAUGGUCCCUGGUUGACUUCUACCAUAUUAUUAGGCUUCAAGAUUCAACCUCUCACCAAAGAUUCAAUUUUGUAAUUCAACCUAUUGUGUUAUGCUUCACCCUUAUUUGGUCUUAAUUCUCAAUGUUCACCAACUGUUUGAUGUUUUGCUUCUGUGACCAUUGUUCACAUUUUUGUCUGCAAAAAUAAUUAUUUUUGAAUCCUGGGAUUCUUAUACUUGUUACUUAUAACAACUGCUUCUUUUUCAUAACUAAGAUCAUAAUGUUGUCCAUGCUUGCAAGAAAGGCCGCCUCCAUACACAAUCAACGUUUCGUAGUGAAGUUGAGUGCAUUCAAUUUAUGCUACAACUCUCUCACCACUGUUCCCAAUAAGGAUGAUGUUGCUUCAGCGAGUUCUCUAUCCGAACAACCUUCUGAGUAUAAUUCUAGUAGCAACCUUCAUCUUUCGCCGUUUUUGUCCAACUUCAAUCACCCCUCAAGUGGAUUUGACAUUGAGCUUGUUGACCAUGAUGCUUGGGGGGUCUCGUCUGUGGUGGCACAAGCCUGGCGACAAGGGGAUUUGGCUGCAUCAGAAGCCAUUUCUGGUGGUCACCGUGUCAUUGAUGAACCCCUUGAUUCUCAUUCCACGGAUGUGGAUGAUGAACUUGAUUUUGAAGACAUAGACAACAUGCGAGUUCAUGGCAGUCUGUUUUAUAAGCUAGAGCGUAGUUCCAUGGAGUUUGAAGAGUAUAAUCUAGAGUUUCACAAGAAGAAAUCAUCCAAGAAGAAAAACAACAAGACUGAGUUAAUCAACAAAGCUAAAGAAGCUAAAGCUAAAACAACACCAAAUGUGACUCCCAAGGAUCAGAAGCUUCCCAAAGUUAAUGAUUUUGGAAGAAACAUUAAAAGUGUUAAGCCCCGGAUGGACGAAAUCAAUGACGUGUCUCUUGUGAACAAGAGACAGAGGGUUCCCACUUUUAACCAGCUUACAGGUCCUUAUCAUGAACCAUUUUGCUUGGACAUUUAUAUAUCGAAAGCCUCUGUCCGUGCCUGCAUUGUUCAUAGGGUAACUAGCAAGGUUGUCGUUGUGGCACAUUCCAUUUCCAAGGAUCUCAAGUUUGACCUGGCUUCAACCAAGAAUAAAACCACUUGUGCUGCUGUGGGGAAAAUUCUGGCUCAGAGAGCAUUGGCUGAUGAUAUUCAUGAUAUUAUUUACACUCCUAGGAAAGGAGAAAGGGUGGAGGGAAAACUUCAGAUUGUUCUUAAUUCCAUCAUUGAUAGUGGUAUAAAUGUGAAGUUAAAGAUUAAACAACGACACAAGAAGAAGUCUUUCAGCUCACAUUUUAACUAGCUAGGGUCAUUCUUUUUUAAUGGAAAUUUGUAUACUAUACUAGCCAUGGUUCUAUGAUGAUGUAUCCGAGGGAAUGAACUAUUUACAUUUUUUAACAUGGAAUGAUAUAUGGAUCACCAUUCGCUUCA